UUAAAAAGUUUAAAAGUUGUGAUUAUUUUGGACACCGUAGAUUUAUCACAUGUGUUUGACUUACAUCCAUAAAGAAUGACGGCAAGACCAAAGUUAACUUGUGAAGAAGACGAGCUGAUGGAGAUGCAGGAGGCAUUUAGAUCGGGAAGACUGGAAAACUCUAGUACAUCAGAAAUCAUUAAGGCACCUAGAGCUAAUUCAAAUGAGGAGAAGAAGUCCAUGUUUGCCCAAAGACAAGAAAUGGCUGAUAAAAUGAAGGAAAAACAAUUUCAUUUUCAACUUCCAAAAGUACAGGUAUUACGGGAUGUAGUUGAAAAAUGUGAAAUUCAAGAGAGGAAAGUAGAAGAUCUCAAAAGAGAAAAUCCCUUUCCUGAAGUUUUUCAAAGAACAAAAUCCCUUAAAGCUUCAGGAUCUGGAAGUAUCUUUGCCCAACAACUGAGGAAAGCAAAAAUGGUAAGAGAAGAAGCUGCAGAAAAUCCUUCUGUUAAACUGCCACCCUUUCCAAAUCAAAGCAGUACAAUUGCACAAGCCGUUUUAGGAGAAACUGAGGCUACACAAAUCCACCAGGAAAAUCUACAAAAAUUAUCAUCCAUGACUGAGGAAGAUAUUCUCAGAGAGCAACAGCAGUUGUUACAAAAUUUGGACCCAAAACUUGUUGCACUUUUGAAGAACAAAAAGCAAGCAGCUCUCAAUUCAAAACAAGUUGUUGUAGAGGCAAAACCAGUAGACCAAACUAUGGAAGAAGUUGAACCUGAAGUAGAAGAAGUUCAAGAGUUAAAAAAUUCAAAAUGGGUACACAUGGAUCGUGUAGAGAAGGAAAAGGUUCGGUGGAUGUCAUCUUUACCUCCCAUCAAAGAGAUUUCCGGAGAAAGCUUUCAAGCCCGAUUCGACUUUCAAGGCCAUCUCCUUUCAGCCAAUGUUGAUUUUCCGGUUACUUCAGCCCUCCACCACCAUGGCGAGGAACCUGAGAGAGCUGGAUAUUCCAUCAAUGAACUGAUGCUGCUAAGUCGUAGCAGCAAAAUGCAACAAAGAGUAUUAGCGUUGAAUACUAUCGCCAGUGUGUUGGAAAACACUCGAUUAGGACUGUAUGACUCAUGUUUUGAAUCUCCCCUAAUCCCUACUUUGCUGGACAAUGGGAUCUUGCUGUUAUUACGGUUUUGUAUGGAUGACAGCGCCCCAUCAGUUGUCGUCGCAUCCCUGGUCGCUUUUUCGCGUUUGCUUUCUAGCCCGUUUGACGAAACCUGCCUUGAACGCUGCAACAUUUGGCACGGUGGGGAAAAGCAACCAAAUUUGUGUAGUCACAUCGAAAUGGAUCCUACAGACCAGGAGCAAGAACCUGAAAUGAAAGACAACGAAAUGAUUCGAGUAGAUGUAAUCAAAGCUUGCUUACGAAUGGAUGUACCUUGGAGGAUUCGUUACAUUUUGGAAGAAAUUCGUCCAGAAGCACGAGCUGUGGUUGCUGCGCUCGAGAUUCUUACUAGAAUGGCCCGGCAUUCUCCUGCUGUUGCUCAGUCUAUCCUCGAUUGCCCUCGUUUAAUGGACACAAUCUUCCGUUGCUUCUUACCUAAAGAUUGGGCAUCGCUCAAUACGAGUCAAGACCAAACGGAAGAAAUAGAUAACUUGUAUGGUUCACCUGUCCGCCAAGUACUUCGCCUGGCUCGCGUAAUUGCAUCGUGGAAUCCAGAACUCGCCAUCACACUCGUCACUAAAUAUUCAAUUUUGGAGUCGAUCAAAAUCUACGUGGCGAUGGACACGAUUGAACUGAAGUUGCCAUCCCAGGAAGCUCUUCUGCUGGUUUUGGAUUGCUACCACACUUGGCGCACUCUCCUUCAACAGGGCAUCGGCAUACAAUCAUUCUUGGAGUUUUAUCCGGUUUGGUUUCCUCAACUGCAAUAUUAUCAGUCUUCAAUCUCGAUGGAUUCUGGAACCAGCAACAAUAGCAACGCCCGCUUCAGUCAUCAUUUGGGCGCAUCCAUGCUACUUUUGAUGGAAGCACUUUUGAGCACAUGCUGUAAUUCAGGAAGCUGCUCCGGGAACUGCUCGGGGAACCAUAAGCAUUUGCACAUCAAAGAGAUUGGUGGUUUAAGAGAAGCUGUAGAGAUGUGCGUCGCCAAAUGGGCCUGGCAGCUACGCAAACUUACAUAUCCUAUUCCAGAUUCAGCCGGAUGUCUACUAGCCGCUGGAAUUCAUCUCCUAGCUACUUUUUACACACAUUGGAUCGACCCUCAAGCUCCGCCUUUACUGGAUAAACUCUGUUCGAAUCACAUCCUUCCUCUGCUUCAUUCAGGACCAAUGCAAGAGCUUGCCAAAUCACUAGUUAAUCAUAGCAAUCUUGCAUCCACUCUAGAGUCCUGCUCAAGAUAUCCAGAAUCUCUCCCAUCCGUCAAUGCCACAGCACUUGGAGGAGAAUUGAUCCCGAUAAUGGCCUCCUCUAGUCCGUUUCCUUUGAUCGCGUCCAUUUUUCGGAUCCUGAGGAUUUGGAAGGUUAAAAGUUCAUCUACCCAGACUAUUGAUUUGAAGUUACCCAACUCGUAUUUCGAUUACCUGGAGAAAUUGAAUCGAUCACCGUCCGCCUUGUCUGGUAACUGGUUCACACGUUACGAACUUCAUUUCCUUCAUGAAUUCUUGAUUAUCGGAGCUGAGUGGGCUGUAUUUACUCCCGAUCAAGCACAAGUCGCACACCAAGUAGCCUUAACCGCAAUAACAAGUCUCGGUCCUGGAGCGGAAGCCAUUGUUGUGAAUUGGAUUAGUCGUCUGAUAUUCCAUCCCGAGUUUAUUCAACGAGGUUGUGACCUGGAGACAAAUUUAGAACAGCUACAGAUCAACGAGACCACAAAAUCUUUGCUAUCGAAAACCGUAAACGAAUUAAGUCAGGUGGCAAAGUUUUACAGCAGUCAUCUUUUUCCCGGAACAUUAACCGGAGAUUCUUCUACCGCGUUGACGCUUGAACAUCGUCAACUCCUUCCAGCUGAUUGGAUCUACUUACCUUUGGUGAUGCUGUACCAAAAAGAUCUUGAAAAGCCACUGGAAGACAAUGGAUUGGUUUCACAAACGGCCUUGUAUUCGUUGCAAGCCGUUUACGUUCUUCUGUCGCUUCGACCUACCUGGUUCUUCCGCAUUCAACCGGCAGAGCAUUAUGCGCGUUUGGCCUGCACUUUCAUGGCAGGGAAUGACCUUUUCCUGGAAAAAAGCAUCUGUGAUUACAUGUGGCCUAUCUUACGGAAACUGGCUGUUCAACACCUAGAUUUCAGCCGUCCCGUUGCUGGGGUGGAUGAUUUUAUAGACCUAUACGAUCGCUUGAUCAAUCAGUUUGAAGCAGUUUCUUACGGUAGUCCACUCUUUGCCGCUUUCGUUCUAUUGCCAAUACAACAGCAACAGCAUGUCCGUUUUCGCACAAAACUUUGGUGUGAACAUUCAAACGCUCUCCGCAUCCUUACAUUGGACGAUCAACAGAUGUUGGAUUCGUUGGACCGAUGGAAAUACCCUAUUGAAACAGAUGAUGUAUUGGUAUUGAAAUAUGCGUCUUCCAUAAGAUCUGGUUUAAUAACCAGCGAGAGGAACUCCGUUAUUUUCAAAAUAGCAACUCAUCACAUCAAACAUUAUGUUGAACGAAAUCCAGUCGAUCUCGAUAAAUUUAAUUUUUGAAAUUUGGUGGAAUAAUACAGAAAGAAAUGACAGCACAGGAA